AUGCCCAGCCCAAGCACCCCGCCAAGCCCCCAAGGACAUCCAGGAGGUGCCCUCCGUGGCACCGCGGCCCUGCCGCCGCCCCCGGCCAAGGCCCCGCUCGCCCAGGUGCUGCAGGCGCCGCCGCCGGACUCCAUCCAGAUCGAGACGGGGAAGGAGCACCGCAUCACGUUCCCGGAGCAGCCGCCGCCCCCGCACCACCAGCGGAGCGGGGGCCCGUCGUCUCGGGGCGCCAGCGGGGAGAGCCGCGGCGGUGGCGGGGAACCGGGGGUCCCGGAGGUCUCGCACCUGGGGUGGGGCCACUGGUACACGCUCAAGGAGCUCGAGGACGCCACGUGCAUGUUCGCCGACGAGAAGGUGAUCGGCGAGGGCGGCUACGGCAUAGUGUACCACGGCGUGCUCGAGGGUGGAGUGCAGGUCGCCGUCAAAAACUUGCUCAACAACAGGAUGCUUGUGUAUGAGUAUGUUAAUAAUGGAAACUUGGAGCAAUGGCUCCAUGGUGAUGUUGGUCCUGUGAGCCCUCUUACAUGGGAUAUAAGAAUGAAGAUUAUUCUGGGAACAGCAAAAGGGUUAAUGUAUUUGCAUGAGGGACUUGAGCCAAAGGUGGUUCACCGUGAUGUCAAGUCGAGCAAUAUUCUUCUUGACAAGCAUUGGAAUGCAAAGCUUUCUGAUUUUGGGCUAGCGAAACUUUUGGGUUCUGAGAGGAGUUAUGUCACAACCAGGGUCAUGGGGACAUUUGGGUAUGUUGCGCCAGAGUAUGCGGGCACUGGCAUGUUGAAUGAAACUAGCGAUGUCUAUAGUUUUGGAAUUCUGAUCAUGGAAAUAAUAUCUGGCCGCGUACCUGUUGAUUACAACAGGCCGCCAGGGGAGAUUAAUCUUGUUGAGUGGCUGAAGACGAUGGUCAGCAACAGAAACUCUGAAGGGGUUUUGGAUCCUAAGAUGACUGAGAAGCCUACUUCUAGGGCAUUGAAGAAGGCUUUGCUAGUGGCUCUGCGGUGCGUAGAUCCUGAAGCUCGCAAGAGGCCAAAGAUUGGGCAUGUCAUCCACAUGCUUGAAGUUGAUGAUUUUCCGUACAGAGAUGAGCGUCGGGGUGGCAAAGCUCCAACUCAAGCAAGAUCAGUGGAAACACCUGCAAGUGAACCUGGUGAUAGUAGUGGAAACAACACUCCAAAGGAUGCACCGAAGGGAGAACCUUUCAACUGGAGAAAUCAGGAAGACUAG